AUGGAUGAAAGAAUUGUGCCAAAAGAAGUCUGCAUUAGUCUACCACCUGCUGUGAAUUCAGAUGGGGCUUGGACGAAUAUGACUGCACCUCUCACCGAGUUUUCAUUGCCACUGCUUCAAACACAGAUGGUUGCUAUUUUCACCACUACCCAAAUCUCUCAUUUGGUUUUCAGGAACUUUGGACUACCAAAGUUUGUCUCUGAAAUGAUAGCUGGCAUAUUCUUCGGUCCUCAAAUACUAGGACGCAUAAAAAACUAUGGAGAAUUCAUGUUCCCCCUUGUAAGUCAAGACCUGCUUGGUACAAUAUCUUUGUUAGGCUACACACUCUUUCUAUUUCUAAGUGGAGUGAAAAUGGAUAUGAGCAUUAUAUUUAGAACAGGAAGAAGGGCCAUGUAUAUUGGUGCUUGUUCCCUAAUAUUGCCUUUAAUAGUUGGUAUGACUACGCAAAAGCUCCUCGGUGAUCAUUGGGGACUAGGUGGCAAAGAAAGACUGCAACUUAUCCUUGCAACCGCAACACAUUCUUUGACACCAUUUCCAGUCAUUUCUUGCCUCCUAAGUGAACUCAAAAUCUUAAAUUCUGAAAUUGGUAGACUUGGGCUAUCUGCAGCAGUUGUGAGUGACUUGUUCAGUACCUUUCUCACCAGUAUUUUCAGAUUGGCUAAAGUGGCAUAUGAUCAAUCAACUAAAGAGGCUUUCAUGGAUUUUGGGAUUAUUAUAGUCUUUCUCCUCCUUGUUGUGUUUGUUGCUCGGCCUGCUAUGUAUUGGAUGAUCAGACAAACCCCUGAAGGCAGGCCUGUGAGGGACAUCUAUAUCUACACCAUCAUUUUUGCAGUGUUGUGUUCAGGUUUGCUGUCUAAUUGGUUUAACCAAUUGAUUGUGUUUGGGCCUUUUAUUUUCGGUUUGGCUGUACCAGAUGGACCACCAUUGGGAUCUACUCUAGUCAAUAAGUUCGAUUGCAUGGUGUCUGGUGUGCUUUUGCCGGUCUUUGUAACCACAAGUAUGAUGAAGGUGAAUCUGUCAAACAUCAAUUUCCAUAGCAAUGUAGCAAUUUGCCAUGCAAUCGUUUUGGUUAUUGUUAUCAUCGCCAAGUUUGGAGGCUGUUGGGUGCUUUCAUAUGUCACCAAAAUACCUAAGAAUGAUGCCAUCACACUAUCUCUCAUCAUGAGUUGCAAAGGCGUUGUUGAAAUGGCCGACUAUAGCUUCGCCAGAGGCAAUAAUAACUUAAACAUGGAGAUCUUUAGUGUUGGAAUGCUUGCUGUUUUAGUCACUGCAAGCAUUGUGCCAAUUAUGAUAAGACGCUUGUACGAUCCAUCGAGGAAAUAUGCAGGCUACCAGAGAAGAAAUGUUAUUGAUCUUAAACAAAAUGCAGAGCUCCGAAUACUUGCCUGCAUCCACAGACCAGACCACAUUACUGCCAUUGUUGACCUACUUGAGACAAUACAUCCAACAAGGGAAAAACCCCUUGCUGUUCAUGCUCUUCACCUGAUUGAGCUAAUUGGUAGAGCCUCCCCAAUCUUCAUUUCACACCAAAUGCAAAAGAAAACACUUACUAACCGCUCCUACUCCCAAGAUGUCAUUCUUGCGUUCACCCACUUCCAGAGAAACAAUCAUGAAGCUGUACUCGUCAAUGCCUUUACGGCCAUCUCCCCACCCAAGCUAAUGCACGAGGACAUCUGCACGCUUGCACUGGACAAACUCACUGCUCUUAUAGUACUCCCAUUCCAUCGGAAAUACGCCAUUGAUGGUUCUGUUGAAUUUGACGACCCCACCCUAAGGACCCUAAAUUCUAGUGUCAUUGAGAUAGCACCUUGCUCUGUGGCAAUCCUUGUUAACCGUGGCCAUAUGAGACGCUUAAAUUCAACACCUGCUGUGGUGGGGUCAUAUAGUGUUGCUGUGAUCUUCGUGGGAGGCAAUGACGAUAGAGAGGCACUUUCUAUAGCUAAACGCAUGGUGAUGGACUCUGGCAUUCGCCUAACUGUGGUACAUUUGAUUCCUGAGGGUGAAGAAGGCAUUACUGAUUGGGAAAAAAUGCUGGAUUCAGAGGCAUUGAAGGAACUCAAGCACAAAAGUAGUACUAGUGAUGGUGAAGGUUAUGUAGUUUAUGUAGAGGAGAGAAUGAAUGGUGGUCCUCAGACAGCAACAAAAUUGAGAGAACUAAUAGAUGACUUUGACCUUUUCAUAGUUGGGAGAAGAUACAAUGUGGAGAGCCCUCUAACAAUUGGUCUUGAUGAAUGGAGUGAAUUCCCAGAGCUUGGGGUUAUGGGAGACUUGCUUGCCUCUACAGAUUUCAAUGCCAGAUGUUCAGUCUUGGUGGUGCAACAACAACAAAUGACAUAG